UGCACUACACUCACCAGAACCUUCGUCACGUCUUCUGCGGCCUGGAAGCAGAACUUGACCUUGUACACCAAGGACGGCUGCGGGUUGUGCGACAACGCCAAAAAGGUUUUGGAAGAUGUGUUCGCAAACGGUAACGUUCAGAACCAGCAAGACGUAGAGUACGUCCAGGUGGAUAUCACCAAACCGGAAAACAAGGAAUGGUGGGAUGCUUACUGCUUUGAUAUUCCUGUCGUUCACAUCAACAAGAAAGACCAGACAAAGCCAGUCAAGUUCAUGCACUACUUGUUUGAGGAUAAGAUCGUGGAGGCUUUGAACAAG